AUGAGUACGUACACAGUGACUCUGAAUGGCCCUGCUCCAUGGGGCUUCAGACUACAGGGAGGAAAGGACUUCAAUAUGCCACUCACCAUCUCCAGGAUAACUCCGGGCAGCAAGGCAGUGGGCGGCAGCUUGGCCCAGGGCGACAUCAUCUCAGCCAUUGACGGGGUCAGCACCGAGGGGAUGACACACCUGGAGGCCCAAAACAAGAUCAAGUCUGCCUCCACCAAACUGUCACUCACCAUGCUGAAAUCAAGACGUCCUGCACCAGUUCCCACAGCAACUCCAAGAAUGGACUCACCCAUGCCAGUCAUCCCCCACCAGAAGGUUAUCGCAAACACAGCUGCAAAUGUGGAGUACACUCCCAGCUUCAACCCCAUAGCUCUGAAAGACUCAGCCCUGUCUACCCACAAGCCCAUUGAGGUGAAGGGUCCGGGGGGAAAGGCAACCAUUGUUCACGCCCAGUACAACACACCAAUCAGCAUGUACUCACAGGACGCCAUCAUGGAUGCCAUUGCAGGACAGUCGCAGGCCAAGGGACACGACAGUGGAGCUCUGCCUGUUAAGGACCCUGUGGUAGACUGUGCAUCUCCGGUUUACCAGGCAGUGAUCAGACCAGGAGAGACAAACCAGGACAUGUCUGAAUGGGCUCGUCGUGCUGCCAACCUGCAGUCCAAGAGCUUCAGGAUCCUGGCCCACAUCACUGGCACUGAAUACAUGCAAGAUCCAGAUGAGGAAGCUCUGCAGAAGUCGAGAGAGAGGUUUGAGUCGGAGGUGAAAGGGCCCCGCUUUGCCAAGCUGAAGAACUGGCACCACGGACUGUCUGCACAGAUCCUCAAUGUCCAGGAAUAAAGAGAAGCAGGAGAGAAAGCGAGAGAGAGGACAUGUAAAGGAGGACAUGGACAAAAGCACAGGAGUUAACAGGAAGAGGGAUAAAUUAUGGAGGGGAAAAGGAAAAAGAGCAGGAGGAGGCGGAAACUCCUCAGGAAUGCGAGAUAGUGUUGUAGGCUAGAUAAGCAGAAUGUGAGAUACUAACUGUUAGUGUGAGAAUGCAAUGUGUUCAUAAGCUCAAUAUUACCUGUCAAAUGUAUCUGUCCGCUGCUAAGACCUGAUCUCGCAUUUGGGUUUUUUCUUUCUUUCUUUUUUUCCUGUUUAUUUGGGUUUUAAAUGAAAGGGAAAUUGUACAAAAAAGUAUUCAAGUGAAAAUGCAGAGCUGAUGAUGUUUCUUGUAGUACAUUAACCACAUUCACAAAAGUAUGAAUUUUAACACUAAAAAAACAUGCUUGCGAGAAAGACAAACACACACACACAUAGAGAUUUACCUACAUGCACAAAUGCAAUAUGUAAAAAAAUGCACUCAAAAAUGUACUGAUUUCAAUGUGAAUAAAUGUUUUAUUAAAA